CUCUCAACGCAACAACUUGCCUUCUCCGAUCCUUUUGCGUUCCGACAAAAUGAAGUUCAUCGCCACCGUCGCCGCUGCUGCCGCUGCCUGCGCUCUCACGGUCUCCGCUGACGUUUCCACUGGUCCCGUGUGGGGCUACUGUGCCAACGACGCCAGUAUGGUGAACACCGACAAGUGGGCCGAUAGCUGGUCUGCCUGCGGUGGCAAGCGUCAGUCGCCCAUUGACAUCGUCACGUCAGCCAAGUCUGGCAAGGGCAGGGCGAACCCGCUCAGCUUCACCGGACGCUGUCCCACGUACAACCUGACUGCGCCCGCCGAGCCUCUGGAGGUCGACGUUGUUGGAGGCAACUGUGCUGUCUCGCUUAACGAUGCCUCGUACAACUUGGCCCAAUUCCACCUGCACGCUCCCUCGGAGCACACUCUGAACGGCAAGCCUCUGGACGGUGAGAUUCACUUCGUGCACGCGUCUGCCGAUGGCAAGGCUCUUCUGGUGGUGGGUAUCUUCCUUGAGGUCGGCCCCAAGUCGGACCCGUGGCUGGGCCCUGUGCUUGACGCUCUUGAGCACGUCAACUCGACUGACGAACGCUCUGCCGCAGUUGUGGUGCAACUGAAAUCGUACUCAACGAUGGUUCGCCAGGCGUGCCGAACAGGAGGCAUCUACAACUACCCUGGCAGUCUUACGACGCCUGGCUGCGGUGAAAAUGCCGACUGGUGGGUCGUACAGAACCCGAUCAAGAUCUCGUCGGUCGACUUCGGCCGUCUUCACCAGGACCUGGUUGAGUACCACAUCACGGACAACGGCAACAACGCUCGCCCGGUUCAGCCUCUAAACAGCCGCCGAGUCACUCGCUACAACUAG